AUGGUCGAGUCAAGAGUGACAUUUAAGCUAGAAGCUUAUCUCAGAUUAAAUGGGUUCCUAACACUUCCCUCCAUAGAUGAAGAGCUUAAACGAACUUCAGGUGUUGAAGAUGCUGUCCAAGUAUUAGACACCCUUACAACAGCAGAAGGAUAUAAAAAAUAGAUAGAGCAAGUGGGUUCAGCAUAUGAGAAAUUGAAAGUCCGCGUACAUAAGCAGGUUAUCAGAUAGUAAAAUAAAGACCUAAAGAAGGGUGAAAAACCUUAGGUUGUCAGUGAUACAGAAUCCUCAGGAGAAGAAGAGGAUGAGGAGGCCAAAAAGUAAGAAGAUUUCAAUCAAGAUUGGGAGAGGAAAAGAAAGAGAAGAACAAAGGAAGACAUCGAAAAGGAGGCAUUACUUAUGGGUGAUUUAUAUGCAAUACUAGGAUUAGAUCAUCUUACAUAUGAAGCAGGUGAGGGUGAUAUUAAGUAAGCAUACAAAAAGCUUGCCCUCAUGUAUCAUCCAGACAAGAUUGGAGAAAAUAUUACAUAAUCAGACAAGGAGAUCUGGCUUCAAGUAUAGAAUGCAUAUGAGACAUUGAUUGACCCUACAAAGAGAAAGAGAUACGACUCAUCAUUACCUUUUGAUGACUCCAUUCCAUCAGAAGCAUAUAAUGAUAUUAAUGAAAAAACUUUCUAUGAUCUUUUCGAGCCUGUAUUCAAAAGAAAUGCUAGAUUCGCCAAGAAAAAGCCAGUUCCUAACAUUGGAGACCCCACUAUGCCAAUAGACUUAGUAUAUAAAUUUUACAAGUUCUGGGAUAAUUUCGAAUCAUGGAGAGAUUUCUCUUAGUAUGAUGAGUAUGAUGUCAGAGAAGCAUAGGAUAGAUAUGAAAGAAGAUAUAUGGAGAAGGAAAACAAAAAAAUGAGAGAUAAGUAUUAAAAGAAGGAGAGAUUAAGAAUAAUCAAGCUUGUUGAUACUGCAUAUAAAAAUGAUCCAAGAAUUAAAGCUGAGGAACUUAAGGAAGAACAGGAAAAGCAGAGAAAGAAGGAAGAGAUUCGUCUUUAAAAAGAGAAAAUUAGACUUGAUUAGGAGGAAAAAGUCAAAUAGUUGGAAGCUAUAAAGCAAUUAGAAAUCUAAAAGUAAUAAGAGGCUGAGAGAAAAAUUAAGGAGGAAAGGCAAGCAUUAUUAAAUAGAAGAAAAGAGUCAAUAAAGCAAUUAGCUAAUUUGUGCCAAGAAAUAUUACCAGGGUCAAAGUAUGAUAAGUUCUGGGCUGAAGAAUUCUGCAAGAAACUUAAAUAAAUUGAUGAAGUUGAGGAAUUUAAGAAAAAAUUAGAGAGCAUAACAGAUGCUGAAUAAUUCUAACAGCAGCUUGAGUCAUAAAUAUAAGAUGUUACUGGUUAGAGCUAAAAUGGAUAAGCUGGUAAAUAGGAGGAGAAAAAGAAGGUUGAGACAGUUAAAGAUAACUGGUCAACUGAAGAAUUAUCUCUAUUGAGUAAAGCUAUUGUAAAGUAUCCAGGAGCAUUACCAAACAGAUGGAAAAUUAUUACUGAUCAUAUUGGGACAGAUAAAACUUAAAAGCAAGUGAUUGCAAAAGCUCAAGAGUUAUCUCAGAAAACUAGUUUAUCUAAGGCUGGUAAGGAGCCAAGCUCCUCAGUUUUAUCUUCGUCAUUCGCUCAAAAAGAGGCAAAGAAACAAAUGUAAGAAGUAAAAUAAAAACCAUAAAACCCACCUGAGGAAAAGAAAUAAGAACCAAAAUAAGAAGCAAGGGAAGAGGAAGUACCUGCUUGGAACAAUGACUAAUAAAAACAACUAGAGCAGGCAAUGCGUGAGUUCCCAGGCAGUAUUCCUAUUAAGGAAAGAUGGAUCAAAAUAUCAGAAAAAGUAGAAGGUAAAAGUGCCAAGGAAUGCUAUGAAAGAUUUAAAGAGAUCUGCGCUAUGGUUAAAAAGUAGCAAGAAGCUGGAAAGUAAUGA